CCCAAGCAUGAGCCAGAAGUGGCCUUAUUGAUGAAGCGUUAUUGCUAGGGGUGUUAUGUUAGGAGAUGAACCUCUGAAGUCUUAUAGGCAGCCCAAAUGUGUGCAAGAGGGAUGUUUAGCCUCCCGUACAAUAGUCAUUGAGACAAGUGCCGAAUAUUCUAUGUUAGCCUUCACGGGAGAAAAAAAUGAAAUUAAAGGGACCAGAGGAAAAUUGAAGGAAGAACAACGAAAGGGGUUUGUCCCCAGGGCUGUGAAGUUCAGAUCUACCACCCCAUCUCUGUAAAGUUAUGGUUCCACCAUCUUUGAUGAGUUUAUUCUAAUCCUUACCUUUUGCAACCCUAAAUCUUACUGUUGUCAUCUAAGACAGUGAUAUCUUAAUGCAUGAAAGCCUCUAAAGCUACUUAGAGAAGAACCUCUAGUGUCCCACAUUUGAAUGGCUUCAUCUAGUGGGUUUUACCCUAAUUUAGGGAGUUUCCCACGUUAAUAUUUGGUGUAUAUGUGUGUUUAUAUUGAUGUUACAUUUUUGUAGAAGAAUGUCUAGAAGCACUUAGUACUUGUCCUAGAUAUGUGUUGGAAGCACUCAGGGAGAAAAGAAAGUACUUCCGCUCGCUGCUUGCAUGACCGCACAAGGCAGCUGAGGCAAGAACAGAAUUCAGAAAGGUGCGCUCCUGCCCUGCGCACCGCGUCGGCCGUCACUCCGGCGUCGGCGGCCACCAGUCUCGCCGCUCCCCACUCCAGGGACGGCGCCUACCUCCCGCUCCUAGGUGCCAUGGCCUCUAGGGUCUUCCUGUCCAGGCCCCUCUCGCUGGAGCCCGACUCCCCCCCGCAGUCUUCGCCAAGAUCCCGUUGCAUGGUCGCGGCCUCAGCUCAGAUCUCUCAUCGUGCCGUAGAUCCUGGGCACCGCCUUCGGUCCGCUGACCGCUCGUGCAGGGUGGCGGCACGGGGGCCUCUUGCGCCCCCACUCAUCCUCCGGCGAAUGGUGGGUGGCAGACCAAGAUGGGUCGUCGCCCGCGGGCUCCGCCUGUCCGUGCCCCACCUGUGCGACGUCGGCGCCUGGCGGGGCGGCCCCGUGCACUGCCGGCCCCUCGACCGCCGCCCUCCUCAAGGCCACCCCCGAAGCUUCAUGGAUGCUGCUACAACUGCAGGAGUGAUGGGCAUAUCUAUGUCGACUGCACGAAUCCUACGUUCCGUGUCCCGGUGCCGUGGGGCCGGUCACACGUCGCGCGGGUUUACGUGUCCCCGCAGCCCCUCUCCGGUGGAGAAGCCGUCGCGUCCCCCGCCGGCCCUCCGCUCUAAGGUUUACCCUACCAAACGAAUUUCAAAUGCCACAAAACUUUAAUAUGAUUUUUUCUGGACUAUAUGAAGACCUGCAAGCAUCAGAAGUGGACGAGAGGCCGAACGAGGUAGGCACAAGCCAACAGGGCGCGGCCGCGCCCUAAUGACUUGUGCCCCCCUAGAUGCCUCCCGCCGUCCCUCUCUGACCUAUAAAUUCACAAAUAUUCCGAUGCACUCCCGAAACACUUUUUCCGCCGCCGCAAGUCUCUGUUCUGACGGAAGGCCAUCUAAACCUCCAUUCCGGCGAUCUGUCGGAGGGGAGAUCAGUCACGGAGGGCCUCUACAUCAACCUUGUUGCCCUCACCGUGAUGUGUGAGUAGUUUACCACAUACCUACGGGUCCG